AUGGACGACUCCCAAACAGCUUUUGCAACUCACUACCAUUCUUACGGUUUUGAGCUCGAUAUGAUGAAGAGGUCUAUGGAUGCCGUCGGUGGUCCUGAUGCCAAAAAGGCACGUUGGUCCCCCACAUUUAGUGCUUCUGCUACCUCCGCUGCGGCACCUACUACUGUUACUCGUGACGCCUUUGCCAACUAUGGUUAUGGUCCACAUGCCCAGAUCAAUCAGCCUUUCCAACCUUCAUCUCCUGCUUUCUCCAACCAGCUUUACUCUACUCCGAAUCUUACGAUUAACACUGCUGUUAAUGGUGCAGGCAUGAACCCUCAAAUGAGCCCCGCACACCAAAACGCAUUUGCCCAACAACAGCAACAGCAUGCGUCUCAGUCCAACGGCGUAGGCCCAUAUGGAGGCUUUGGUUACAACAUGCUUGGCAUGGGGUUGCCCGGAAUGAACAUGUUGGGUGGUUUUCCCUAUGGCGCGCAAGCUGGUAACUAUGGCCAGCAACCUCGGCUACCUUCUUUAAAUGUCAACAUUCCACCGACCCCAGGUGCUUACUCACCGGCGGCUAUUUCUGCCGCGCUUUCUGCAACGACCAAUGCUACUGGUCGAACCGUUUAUGUUGGCAACCUCCCUGCAACUGCCUCUGUUGACGAGCUACUUAACCUCGUGCACUUUGGCCCCCUCGAAUCCAUUCGUGUUCUUCCUGAAAAAUCAUGUGUUUUCCUUUCCUUUCUGGACGGCGCAACCGCUGCAGCUUUCCACGCCGACGCUACCAUCAAGAAACUCUCCCUUCACGGUCAGGAACUUAAGAUCGGAUGGGGGAAGCCAUCUCCUGUCAGCGCGCAGGUGAGCCUUGCGAUCAGCCAGAGCAAUGCGAGCCGGAACGUAUACCUCGGUGGUCUGGAUGAAAACACGACAGAAGAGCAGUUGCGGGACGAUCUCAGUCGGUUCGGGCUGAUUGAUCAGGUUAAAAUUGUCCGUGACAAGAAUAUUGGGUUCGUACAUUUCUUGAGUAUCUCGGUUGCUACCAAGGUGGUUAAUACGCUCCCUACCGAGCCAGCUUGGGCGGGAAAACGGGUCAACUACGGCAAAGAUCGUUGCGCAUACAUACCCAAGUCUCAGCAGGCUGCUGCACAAGCUGCCCAGGCUGCCGCCGCCCAAUCUCUUGUCGCUCAAUCUGCAAAUCUCAGCCCUGCUGGGGGUCCGAACCACUUCGGCUCGCCAUUCUCACCAUACCCUUUUGCAACAGAUAUGACAGGUGGUCAAACGCUCAAUCGCACAGUCUACUUGGGCAAUAUUCAUCCUGAGACAACAACGGAAGAUUUGUGCAACGCCAUUCGCGGUGGUGUGUUGCAGAGCGUAAGGUACAUGCAGGACAAGCACAUUGCCUUUGUCACUUUUGUUGACCCUGCAGCAGCGUUCACGUUCUACCAAGUGGCAUCGUAUCAAGGUCUCACCCUGAACAACCGUCGGCUCAAAAUUGGCUGGGGAAAAAAUUCUGGUCCACUGCCGCCUAGUCUUGCGCUUGCUGUUCACUCAGGGGCCACCAGGAACGUUUAUGUGGGUAGCAUUGAAGACUUUGAAUUAUUCAAUGAGGAGAAACUAAAGAGGGACUUUGGCGAGUUUGGGGAUAUCGAGCUGGUCAAUUUCCUAAGGGAGAAGAACUGCGCCUUCGUCAACUUCACCAAUAUCUCUAACGCUAUCAAGGCCAUCGAUAGCAUUAAGAUUAAGCCAGAAUACGCAAACUUGCGCAUUGCGCAUGGCAAGGAUCGGUGUGCGAACCCGCCGCGAUCAGGUCCUCAAGGUGGCUCUUCAGUCAGGCGGAGCGCCAGUGGCAACGGACCAGCAAGCGCAGAGCCUGUAAGCGCUAUCGAGCCUACCGAGUCUUCCCACUUUGUGGACAUUGAGGACGAAGGGAACAAUGCACACGUCAUUGUAUCUGGCCCAGAGGAAAUGGAAGCAUCCAUUUAA